AUGGCAGCCACGACCGCGACGUUAGGGCCUAUCGCCGCAGCGAAACGCGGCGUAACACAUCGACCAGCGCCGCCACGGGCGACUUCUUCUCAAAGAUCACGGCUGGCGCCGCUAGAUCGAAUUUCCCCCUCCGCUCCGGUUUUGCGGCGAACCAUUUCUCGUUCCCGCGUCUCGCGAGGCGGCCCGCAGACUCCACGGCCGCACCGAGCCGGAUUUAACGUGUCGGCGGCAUUCGCGGGAACGUCGGCAGAUUCUGCGGGAGCUCCUUUGUUGGAGCAGCCGGACCAGCGGGCGGUGGUGGCGGACGUCGCGCGGCUCUUAUCGAAGCCGCGAAGCUACGACUUUCGCGAACACCAUCACCACGAGCAGCACAGUAAAGAAGCGCACCAUAACGAAGAUGAGGAGCGCGCGGCUGCAGCGAGCGUGAAGGAGGGGACGACGAUCGGCGAGGUGGCGGCGAUCGAGCUCGUGCGACAGCUGAGCCCGCAGGGGCGCGAAGUGCUGCUCACAGCGCUCUUCCCGGGAGCGAACAGCGCGGAGGCGGAGGAGGAGUUUGAGCACGCGGACGCGCAUCACGACGGGGUGAUCAGCGAGGGCGAGUUCGAGCAGUACGUGGGCGAGCAGCAGGCCAAGAUCGACGCGCUGCACCGCCCGCUCGACUUCCCGCAGCUCGCGCUGCUCGCCAAGAAGGAGGCGCUCGGCAACUUGGGCUUCGGACUCACAAAGAACACGGUGAUGAUUAUAUCAGGCGACUUUAUAGCGAGUACGCUUGGAGCCACCUUCGGGUUUUCCACGCUCAUGGCGGCGGGUCUGGGCAAUGCAGUGGCGGACGUGAUAGGCACGUGGUCACGGGGAGCCAUAGAAUCAUCCUCCUCCAAGCUGCUGCCCGGCUCCACCUUCUCCUCGCACCAGCUCGAGCACCCCAAAGCCCAGCUCUUCGCCACUGUCGGCGCCGUUUUGGGAGUCACUGUGGGCGGCUUGAUGGGUCUCUCUCCGCUGUUUUUCCUGCCGGCUCGUGGGGGUGGAGGGGAAGGCGGGCACGGUGCAGGUCCGGCGGUGACUGCAGGCGUGGCAGCUGCUUCGGCGGCUGCUUCGGCGAUGAAGGUUGCUGCGCCGCUUGCGACUAUUGCGUCGGCGGAUGGGGUUGAGGAGGUCGCGUCAGGUCAUGCUACAGCUGGUGCUACUGGAAUCACUGGCGCUACUGGAAUCACUGGCGCUACAGCUGGUGCUACAACUGGUGCUACAUGUGGUGGCAUGGGGGGAGCUUUCACCCGGGGAGCCACAGCCCAUGCGUCCAUCAGCGCAGCGCAUUGGAUGGGGCCGUCCCCCUCAUUCCGUCCACCACUGGCAGACGCCGUGGAAGAGCGUGGAGGGCUGGGAGUCGCACUGCUGCUGGCGCUGUCGGCAUUCAAUGUGGCGCGGCGAGUGAGGGGGGUGUUCAUGAGGAGGGAGGGGGAGAGAAAAGGGGCUUGGGAAGUGAAAUAG